CCGCUUUCUUAUCGUCAUUGGAUACCACUAAAGUUAUAAAAUGUGAAAUACAGCCCAUCUGUUCUGUCCCAACAACUUUAGGUCGGUGAGCUCCAAGCUUUUGACCAGGAUCUUUCCUCCACCUACCUUUACCCCUGUUCUUUAGCUCGGUUACAGCUUUAAAUUAUAUGCUCAUGGUCUGGAAUAAACUAUAAAUUUGUUAUGUUAACUAUUGUUGGUGGAAUAGUCUGCAUUUGAAGGUUCUUUUGUAAGAAGAUCCGUUGUUAAUGAACAUCUUUGAGAAUCCAUAGGAAAUAAUGGCAGCAGAGGAGAUUGGCGAAGCAUUGAUCUCACAGUCAUUGCCAGAUGAUGUGAUAGAGGUUAUAAUGGCCUUCCUUUCAAUCUCAGAUGCUCCAAAAGCGGCUAUCGUCUGCAAGCAAUGGCAUUCUUUCAUCGCUUCCAGUCCAAUUCGAAGAGCGCUCUCGCAUUCCCUUCACAAAUGCAAACCCUGGCUAUUUAUUUUGGGAGCCAAUAAAGGACGAGGUUUAGGGUUCGAUCCCGUGGCCCGCAGAUGGAUCCAUUUGCCGCCAUUAAGCCUUUAUUCCAACGAACAAGACACGAUCUUUAUGGAAGGCAACGGAUUUCUGUUUUCCGUUUCGGGCGACCGCUUCAAAUUCACGGACAGUUUCUUGACUCCGCGAAAAUGGCGAGAUAGUGCUGCGGCUUUGCGGGUGUGGCGACAGAAUCCCCUCGUUUGCUACGAUGGAGGGAAAGUGAUUGUGAUUGGGGGAGUUCAUGAGUUGGAAGAAAAUCCAUUAUGUGUGGAGAUGCUUGACCUGAAAUCAGGGGAAUCAGAAAUGUGCGAUCCUUUGCCAGGGGAAUUCAAACAUAGCGCUUCGUCCACCUGGCUUUCUUCGGCUGUCUUUAAUGGAAAAGUUUACGUUUUAGAAAAAUUUAAGGGGGAUUGUUGUUGUUUUGAGUUGCAGAGCAAGCGAUGGGGAAAGGUGAUGAGUGUGGGAUCAUUGGCGUCGUCUUCUUCUUCUUCGCAAUGUGUUAAAUACUUCUGUUUAGCGUGCAAGGUUGGACUGGUUAUAGCGGGAUUAAUCAUGGAGAAUGGAGAAAUAAGUUUCCAGAUGUGUAUUGUGGAGGAGAAUAAGAUGGAGUGUAAGAAGGGCACGAAAUUACGAAUGCCUGGUGAAAUGUUGAAAUUGAUUGCAGGCAAAGAAAGAGAGGAGGAAGAAGAUGAUGAAUACUCAUCAUAUGCAGAGUAUAUCGAAUGCAGGAGCGCAGGAGAUUUGAUUUAUGUAUUCAGCAAAUCAAAUUAUAUGAGCAGAAGGCGAGUUUGCUUGUUUGAUUUCAGCAAAGGCGUUUGGGAGAUGUUGGGAGAUAAUGAUGGUUGUUCGUUUAGGAAUUGGCGAGAAAGAGUAUUGUUUGUUUGUUGUCCAGUUACGCUUGAUCAAACGUCGCUGGUUUUUAAAGCAUAGAGCUGGUAAACCAAACAAUGUAUUUGUGUUGUCUGAAAAUAUUUGUAUUUUAGUUGGAUGAAUAACAGAUUCCUGCAACCACGCCAUUAUCGUA